UUCACUUUCACUUUCCCUGGAAUUUCCUCUCUUCUUUAGAUAAGUGAGGAGAAGGGACAGAGUCCUGUAACAGGAGACGGAGCCGAGAGAAGAGAAGACAUUUAUUCUACUUCUUAUAGAAGAAGAAGUGAUCCCACCAAAUCCACAUCAAUAACUGCUCAAUUUUGACAUAAAGAUGGGGCUGACAUUAAUGGAGGUCCUGGUGAGGGCUCUGAAGAAGCUGGAAGACUUAAGUUUCCAGAGAUUCAUAGAGAAGCUGAGUGUCUGGGAAGUCAGAGAAGAAUAUAAGGAAAUUCCUAACGAUGAGCUGACUGGGAAAGAACCAGAAAAAGUCGCUGGUCUCAUCAAUACAUAUUACAGAUAUGCCUAUGGGGCUGAGCUGACCAUGGCUGUUCUAGAGGAUAUAGAUGAGAAGAAAGUCCGGGAAGAACUCCAGCAGGACCUAAGGAUCGUGGAUAUUCCAGGACAUGGACUUGGAACAGCAAUGUUUACAGACAAGGUAAACUUUAUAGACAAUCACCGAUCAGAGCUUAUAAGAAGGAUGACAGAUGUAGAUCCAGUUCUAAAUGACCUCCAGGACCAAGGUCUCCUGACUCGGGAACAAUAUAAUGACGUGAUGGAAAACAUAACUUUAGAGGAGAAGAUGGAAGAUCUGUGUGCUAUUAUCAGACACUUGGAGGAUACUGAGAAGUACACGGCUUAUACAGUGCUCGAAGAACACAAUGAAAGACUCGUAAAAGGCUUGGAAACAGAGGACACAAAGUGGGGAGAUCUUUGGCCAUGUGUCACGGAGGAAGAAGGGAAGCAACACCAGAAACCACCCAACCCUAUUUUAAGAAUGGGGCUGACAUUACAGGAGGUCCUGAUAAGGACUCUGAAGAAGCUGGAGGAGUCAAGUUUCCAGAGAUUCAUAAAGAAUCUGAGUGUCUGGGAAGCCAGAGAAGAAUAUGAAUAUGAAAAUAUUCCAAAAAAUGAACUGACUGGAAAGAAUCCAGAACACAUUGCUGGUCUGAUCAAUACAUAUUACAAAUAUGCCUAUGGGGCUGAGGUGACACUAGCUAUUCUGGAGGACAUAGAUGAGAAGAAGGUCCGAGAAGAGCUCCAGCAGGAGCUAAAGGAAGUAGAUAUUCUACGACAAGGACUUGGAACCAGAAUGUUUACAGACAGGGUAAACUUUAUAUGCUAUGACAGAUUAGAUUUAGAUCUUAUGAUGGCGCUAAUUGAUACAAAUUCAGUUCUACAUGAUCUCCGGGACCAGGAUCUACUGACUCAGGAUCAGUUCAAUGAUGUGGUGGAAAAGGAGACCUGGAACGAUCUGUAUGAUAUUAUCAGAACCUGGGAGGACACUGAGAAGUAUAUGGCUCAUACGGUUCUUAAAAAAUAUUCCAGUGGUGUACAUCACUUUCUGGUCAGACACACAAAUGACCUGAUUUGUAUUAUAAAGGAAGUAAAUCCGGUUGUAGAGGACCUCCGAUCCAAUCAUCUACUGGCUGAAAAUCAGUAUGCAGAUUUACAAGCGAUGACCACACCUGCAGAACAGAUGAGACUUCUAUGUGCUAUUGUCCAGCAUCAGUUAGAUAAAGUGAAGGAUCAAUUCUACAUUUCUCUCUGGAGAUACAACUACACAGCCAUCACUGACUUCGAAAAAUCCAAACCAUGGUCAAGCACUGUCUUCAGCAACGAUCUACAGGACGGCACAGGAUCUUCAGAAUUAUUCUAUUCAGCUGGUGAUCCUGCGAGAAAUAAGAAGGAGCUGACUCAGGAUAUGCACUAUAUUCCUCCAGUUAUGGGAGCCUCAUUAACAUUAGGAGAACCCGCAACUAGGUUUCUGGAAAGGCACCGUUUGGAUCUGAUCAGUAGGGUGAUCAUGGUAGAUCCAACUCUAGAUGAUCUCUAUGAACAAGGUUUGCUAGGAGACAAGCAGUAUGAUCUUUUGCGACGUGAACCUUCCAUCAGAAAGAAGAUGACCGAGCUCCUGGACAUUGCGAGCGACUGGGAGGAGAACUCCAAUAAGAAGCUCUAUACAUCUCUGCGCGCAUGCAACCGCUCUGUAAUUAAGGAUCUUAAGAGAGCGGAUAGGCAGAUGAUUACAGGAUCAAACUUAUCCUCUUCGGGUAUUUGGUCUGGAAGUCACUCAAAAAGAUCAACUUUUGCCAGAAAUGACAACUUAAAAUACAAGGAAGCACGAGAAUAUGUACAGUCUGAAACUCAAAACUGUUCACCGGAUGAUGACUACUUGGAUUUCGGAGGAAGAGAUGCACAGUCUGAAACUCAAAACUGUUCACCGGAUGAUGACUACUUGGAUUUCGGAGGAAGAGAUACACAGUCUGACCCUCAUGAAAAUUAUGAUCUCUUCAGAAAUGAGGAUUCUGAUUUCGCCUUGAAUCCAUAUCAAAAAGAACGUAAGCAUUUUGUUGAUGAGCACUGCUGGGAUCUAAUUCGAAGGAUAAUCAUGGUGGAUCCAGUUCUAGACGAUCUCCAGGAACAAAAUCUUGUAACGCAGGAACAGUACGAUGCCUUAAUGAAAUUGAAAACUCCCCAAAAGAAGAUGAUAGAUCUAUAUGAUAUUGUGAGGUUCUGGACAAACCUGAAAAAGGACCAGGUUUAUCUGGCUCUGAGACAACACAACCCAGCAUUCAUCCGAGUGCUAGAGAAAUCUGACCAAAUGCUGAAAUCGCGUAACAGAAAUAAGGGGUCCUACUAUAUGAAGCUCACCCUUGACUUGGAGACAGGUUCUUCUGCUGGAGAACAUUUUCUGGACAAGAAUAAAUCAGGACUGAUAAAUGUAAUGAGCACAGCGGAUCCAGUGGUGGAGGACCUCAGAGAAGAAGGCCUGCUGACAGAAGAACAGUAUCACAAUAUUCUACUGAAAGAAACUUCUAAAGAGAAGAUGGCAGAGAUCUAUAAUAUCACUGAUAGCUUUGAUAAUGUAAAGAAGGAUAAAGUGUAUUUAGCUCUCAGGACACACAACCGCUCACACAUCAGAGUUAUGGAGAGAAUUAGCAAUCCAUCACUGUCUGUGUCUGAAAACUCAGGAGAUGCAGUAAAAUAUAUCGAUCUUGGGCCUGAGGAAAAGGACAAUCACACAGUUUGGAAGGUUCCUGGGUCUAUUAUAUUCACCAUAAUCUGUUGCAUCUGCAAGGAGAUGUACAAAACUCCUGUAACAUUGAUCUGUGGCCAUAACUACUGCCUGGAAUGUAUUGAUAAGACCUGGAACAAUCAGGAUAGUGAUGAUACGUCCUGUCCCAUCUGCAGAAGAAGGUUUAAGAACAGGCCUGAACUAAACAAGAACCUGGUUCUCUGUCAAAUAGCAGAAUUUUGUCAAUCAUCAAAGUCAGACAAGAAGACACAUGAGUAUUGUACAUAUUGUACUUCACCGUUGCCACGGCGUGCAGUUAAACAAUGCUUGUUAUGUGACGCUUUUCUCUGUGAAGACCAUUUAAAGGUCCAUAGCAAACAAGCAGAACACGUAUUGUUGGACCCCAGCGUAUCUCCAAAGAACAGAAAAUGCUCCAUCCAUAAAACAGUCCUUGAGUAUUACUGCAGUCAGGACUCUGCCUGUGUCUGUUCCCACUGCUGUAUAGUUGGUGAACAUAAAGGACACCAGGUGAUACCUAUCGGAGAAGCCAUGGAGAUGAAGAAAGACAAACUGAGGGACACUGAAGAAAAUCUAAAGCUCAAAAAGUCAGAGAUAGAGAAAAGUAUAAAGAUUUGCCUGCUAAAAGUUCAAGAAAAAGCACAUACUGCAUCAGAAACUGUUGAGGUUGAAGAGAUGAGGGAAAUCCUAGAAUUAGUCCAGGGAGGUCUAUUCAUAGAAGAAGGACAAGCUGAAUAUCUAGUUGAGGAUCUCAUUAGGCAGCUGGAAGCUAAAAGGUCUCAUUUGACCCAGUGUAUUGCCCACAUUGAAGAGCUGUGCUAUGACACUGACCCAUUCCUGGUCUUACAAGAUCAGGAGGACUAUAACCUGUAGUCCUUUGUGCAUGAGAGAUACAAGUUGCUGUAGUUGUGAGUUAUCCCCUCCCUUGUGCUUCUCAGCUGUGUCAGUCUCAUAGGAAUGAAUAGAGAAGUAACUGACUUUCUUUCCUGUGUCAGUUGGACAUCAGAGUGCUGAUCACAUGACACAGCUGAGGAUCAGAAGGGACAGGAUAUCUCACAGAUACAUUCACUAGUGAGAAGAUUACAUUCACUACAGUUUACAUGAUGCACCUUUCUAACAGAUCAGAGAAUACACGUUUUUGUGGGAGUUCUUCUUUAAGUAUUUUUUGUUAGUAGAAAGGACUUUUCCCUCCAAAGUGAGAUGUAUGGUCUAGGUGCAUAGAGAUGAUUUUGUGAUAGCUCACACAGGUUUACUUUUAGUUUACCUAACGCAUUUAUCAAAUAUAUGUAAUUUCAAAGCAUUUUUAGGAUACAUUUUUUAUGCCAUUUUUAUUUUGCGUCCUUUUGUAUAAGGUAUCUUUGAAAAUCGAUAACCCAAAAUUUUCUAAAUGAAAAAUAAAACUUGCCUCUCGAAAGAAGCCCAUUAUAGAUACAUGAUGCCACAAACUUACCUGUCCGUGGUCCAGCGGUAAGAUCUUCUGAGCGGCUGUACCGGAUGAGACAUGCUGCUGAGCCAGUACUAUAUUGACCUCCCGGCUUUGACCUUUUCCUGCACGACCUUUCUCUGUGUGUUGUCUGAACAGGUCCCAGCAGUUCUUACCGUGGGUGCUUGGUUUGACUCCCUGCACUUACCAGCAUAGGGACGGUCGACCAGUUGUGGACUUGCCGCUUAGGGCUUUCUCUGCAAGUAGUCAGGGACAGUGGGUUGGGUGCAAGUUUGGGCUCACUGAGUAAGUGUAUUUCUCUGCCUACUGUGCUGACACAGGAAUGAAAAAAUAACUAAAGCUAAUCCCCAUUAAGGUGACAAAGUAUGAAAAAAAGUAUAUAAAGAAAAAAGACUGAAGCUUUAGAAGACAGUAAAUACAGGUUGAUUCAAUUUUUGAGAGAAAUUGUUAGAUUUAAAUAUUUAAUAGAAGUAUUUACCGGAAAUAAAAGUUUCUUGUUGUAUUAUCAGAUUUUUUUCUAUUUCAGGGAAGUAAAAUCUUAAUUUGUGAUUCAAGCAGCAUGCACAUGCGGAAAUGUUCUCUCAUGUAUAAAUGAUUGAUUUUAAAAUACAAUUGGACUUUCAAACAACUGUUAGGACAGCCCUGGGGGCCCUUUAAAGCUUGUCACCACCAUGAUAGGAAAACAAAGACAUCUACCACACAGUAUUGAGUUGUUAAUAGUGUUGAUCGAGCAUGCUCGGCCGAACCCUAUGUGCUCGAGCGCAAUGCUCUAGUCUCCUCCCCGCACGUUUCUUGGCUGCUACGCAGCCAAUAGACGUGCAGGUGAGUGCCGCCAUCACUGUAAUGCCGUAUCCAUGUUGGUUUUUGGCAUUACAGUGAUUGGCUGGCCGGAACGCGUCAUCAGGUUCUAUAUAGCACCCGAUGACGCUUGUUCGGCUAAGUCUUAGUCAGUGAGACCUGAGCAUAGGAAGGGACAGACAGUGUAGGGAGUGUUAUUGGAAUAGUUUUGUUAGAAAAACCCACAAUAUUUUAUAGGGUUUGCUCACCUGCAGGCCCUCGCAUAUAAUCUUUUAG